UAUUCUAUAGUAGGCCAAUUGAAAACUCAAAAUCCUUAUGUAUAGUAUAGUUAAAAACCCACACCAUUUUGACUUGGGCAUUAUUUACUUCGUUUAACAUGGCAAAAAUGUAUCUAUUUCGCAAAAUGUCUGAGCUGAAUCAACAGCAAACUGAUGUGUGUGAAGAGGCCGUUUCGAGCGUACUGGAUGAUGUGUUCAAGGGCAAAGCCAGCACCAUAUUCAACUACGGCAGAUGGCCAAUUGGCGCAAGACGGAACAGCAAAGUGGACAUGAUUGAUCGUGUUCUAUGCGAGCUGUUUAGCCACGUGUACACCAUGGAGGUGACUAUGGAAAUCAAUAUAUCCAUCAGCCAGAUGAAACAGUAUUUAGUAAAAGGCCAAUUGAUUGACACAACAGAGGAACACUUUGUCGCAUCGCCCGAUGAUGUUUAUUUGUAUAUAGAAAAGGUAAUCGGGCAGCUGCAAGAGCAAUCGGAUGAUGCGAUAGCCUCCAAUGCUUAUCCCUAUGCACUAUUUACCAUAUGCGUGAGGCAGACCAAUUUGGAACGAUCGCUGCAUCUGCAUGGCAGCCUGCAGCUAGUCCAUUUGAUGGCUGUGGAUCACUCGGAGAUGAUGCUACAGCUGCGCACACCGAUGGCCUCAUUGUUAAAGAUAAUCAGCGCGCUAUCUAGGAAUACCAAAACGCAUAUCAGAUACUAUAAUAUACGGCUAACACGAAUCCUCAAGGACUUACUAGACAGCGACGAGAGCACUGUGAUUAUCAAUUAUACAGCUGCACCGAGUCUACAAUUCGACGCAGUUGCGGCCAUGGACUGUGCCAAGAUCUGGAAGGCGCUUUAUAUGCGAGAGCGCAAGAAGUGCCAUUGCCUGAGUAAUAAGCUGUUUGGGCUAAAGCUUUGGAGCGCCAACGAUUACAAAUUUCAGCUGAAUGAGCUGCUGGAGUUGCUGAAGGAAAACAACACCAGCACUCAGCUUGAAUUCGAAUUACCGAAGCAACGCAAUACCUAUACCCAGUGCAAGCCCAGCCAAUUCUAUCAGCUGAAGCAAUCGGUGGUGCUUACUGACUGUGACAAUGUGGGGUACGACAGGGAGAGUGAGCUUUCCGAUCAGCUGAAUCACAUCAAGGCAGAUGCGAAAGCCAACCUAGAGGAAAUGCUGGAAGUACAGCAUAUUGUCACACAGCUGUCCAUCAACUACGAACAGAAGAGCGAGCAGCUGAAGCAGAAUAAUCAAAUAUUGGAUCACCUGCAAUUCAUGCUGGCGCGGACCAACAUGAAGAUGGAGAGGCAGCGAAACAUAUUUCAGCGCAAGCUAGCCAAGUAUUACGAUAUGUUUAAGCAUUUGUGGAUGCAUCAGCGCAGGGAGCAGCAAGUGCAGGAACAGAAACGACAAGCGGAACUAUCGAAGGUGCUCAAUGACAUCUUCAACGUGCUGCAUAGGACCCAUCAGACGUAGCAGCUGCUGGAAGACAGCGACAACAAAUCUGUACGCUAGAUCUGUCCAACACUCUCAGUCUGUUGUACUUUCUAUCACUCUCCGUAUAACUCGUAUCUGUCUCCGACUGUAGCUUGUAAGUGCGCUCUCUUUCUCUAUCUCGCUCGCUCGCCUGCUUGCGACGUGGAGUUAAUGGCUCGCACUGAAUACUUUAUACACUUAAAGGUCAACGAUAAGCCAGCAGAUGCUGUUUGGCUGCAACUGGCAACACUGACUGGCGACCUGGGCAGUCACGAAGUCUCAUCAGACACA